GCAAUAUGAUAGUCAGAAGUUCUCAGCUAUCGACUUUUUCCAAGGAGAUAGCGUGCAGAUAUUGCGGCAGCUUUUAUUCCAAAAAGUGUUUCUCUACCUCAAAAGUGGCCAGUAUCGAUAGAAGCAGUUUGAACCAAGAAUGGGUUUCUCUGGCAGAAAAACAAUUGAAAGGAAAGCCAGUCGAAAAUCUUUUUUGGCAUACGCCUGAAGGCAUCACAGUUAAACCUCUUUACACAGCAAAUGAUGGCACUGCCGAAUCGGGAGCUGAAAAAACUUGUGAACUUCCUGGAAAGUAUCCUUAUACUAGGGGUCCCUACCCGACCAUGUACACCAACAAACCCUGGACUAUUAGACAGUACGCCGGAUUCAGUACCGUUGAAGAAAGUAAUAAAUUCUACCGCAAUAAUCUCAAAUCGGGUCAGCAGGGUUUGUCUGUGGCUUUCGAUUUGGCGACUCACAGAGGGUACGACUCGGAUAAUGAGCGAGUGUUCGGUGACGUUGGCAUGGCGGGAGUCGCAGUCGACACAGUCGAAGACAUGAAAGCUCUUUUUGAUGGGAUCCCAUUGGACAAAAUUUCAGUUUCUAUGACAAUGAAUGGCGCUGUGCUGCCAGUUUUGGCGUUCUUCAUAGCAGCUGGCGAGGAAGGUGGCGUUCCAAAGGAGAAACUGUCCGGCACAAUUCAAAAUGACAUUUUGAAAGAGUUUAUGGUGCGCAAUACGUAUAUAUACCCUCCGGAACCUUCGAUGCGAAUCAUAGGUGACAUCAUAGCUUACACAGCAGAGAAUAUGCCCAAGUUUAAUUCUAUAUCCAUAUCUGGCUACCACAUGCAAGAGGCUGGCGCCGAUGCUGUGCUGGAAGUGGCAUUUACAAUUGCAGAUGGAAUCGAGUACUGUAGGACAGGUCUGAAGGCAGGUCUAUCCAUUGACAAUUUUGCACCAAGGCUUUCGUUCUUUUGGGGAAUUGGGAUGAAUUUCUUCAUGGAAGUGGCGAAGAUGAGAGCAGCCAGGAGACUGUGGGCGGAGUUGGUCAAAGAACACUUCAGUCCCCAGUCGGAGAAGAGUCUUCUGUUGAGAACUCACUGUCAGACAUCCGGAUGGUCACUCACUGAACAGGAUCCAUACAACAACAUCGUCCGCACAACCAUUGAGGCUAUGGCUGCAGUGCUGGGAGGAACUCAGUCUCUGCACACAAACUCAUUCGACGAAGCACUGGCUCUUCCUUCUGUGACUAGUGCUCGCAUCGCGAGGAACACGCAGAUCAUGCUACAGGAAGAGACAGGUAUCACCAAAGUAGCAGACCCACUGGGCGGAUCUUAUUACGUGGAGCAGCUUACAGAGGAUAUCUACAACAAGGCAAAGGAGGUGAUUGAGGAAGUAGAGGCCAUGGGCGGCAUGUCCAAGGCAGUGGCGUCAGGUAUGCCGAAAUUGCGCAUUGAAGAAGCGGCAGCCAAGAGACAGGCGAGGAUAGAUUCAGGACAAGAGACUAUAGUAGGAGUGAACAAGUACAAACUGGAGGACGAACAGAGCAUAGAGAUACUCCAGAUAGACAACACCAAAGUCAGGUCAUCGCAGAUUGAGAAACUGGACAAAAUCAAAGCCGAGAGAGACAGUGAAGCGUGUAUGGAAGCGCUAAACGAAAUAACAGAAGCUUGUAAAUCAGGAGCCAAUUUACUCAAAGCAUGCGUAAAAGCAGCUAAGUUGAGAGCAACAUUAGGAGAGAUAUCCAAUGCAAUGGAAUCAGUGUUCGGUCGACACCAAGCGGCAGACAGACUGGUCUCUGGAGCGUAUAAAACAGAAUUUGGAUAUGAAGAUGAGAUAAGUGCUGUAAUGAGUCGUAUUGAUGAGUUUGCGGAGAAAGAGGGAAGGAGGCCUCGAAUUUUGGUGGCAAAGAUGGGCCAGGACGGACAUGACAGAGGGGGAAAGGUGAUUGCGACUGGGUUUGCUGACCUGGGAUAUGAUGUGGACGUGGGUCCCCUGUUCCAGACUCCAGCAGAGGUGGCCAUGCAGGUGGUGGAUGCUGAUGUUCACUGCGUGGGCGUGUCCAGUCAAGCCGCGGGACACAAGACUUUGAUUCCUCAGCUAGCAGAUGAGCUUCGAAAGGCGGGCAGGGGCGAUGUUGUCAUAGUUUGUGGGGGAGUAAUACCGCCUCAAGAUUACGACUUUCUCAUGAAAGCAGGCUGUGCUGCAGUAUUUGGCCCAGGCACCAGAAUCCCAAUGGCAGCUCUGAAAGUUCUGGAAGCCAUUGAAGAGAAUCUUAAAAAUGCACCUGAGAAAGCUUUCGCAUGAGAAUACCUCAAACGAAGUAAAUUAAACUGAACCGACUAGGUUAAAAGGAAAUCAGUAAAUAGCUUGAAAUGAUUUUCAGUCAAGCAUGGCAAGUUAAAACCCCUGCUAUGCUUAAAUUUUUGCUUAAGAUAGCAUUUUUGAAAUGAAAGGCUGAAAAAUUGAAGCAGGAAGAAAUUAGAAAUUUUUUAUACCGGGAUUUGAGUUUAUUUUAAACUUGAUUGUCGGAAGAUUUUUACUUAAAGGUUGGAACUAAUUAUUGAUGCCUGAUGACUGUAUUUAUGAAUUGUAUUCUUGAUUGCUGAUAAUCGAUAAAGUUGUUUGUUGACCUCUGGUACUUGCAAUUAUACAAGCGAAUGCUUAAAAAAUUUGUUCCAUUAUAUCGCAAUUAAUUUAAUGUAGAUAGUUA